AUGACGAAGACUCUGUCCUUCGGCGUGAUGACUGCUCCUGUCGACGACCCCCUUCGUCAUCGCUCGGACCUCACUGGCCUGCACCUUGCAUGCACGACAAUACAGUACCAUCCUCUGACGGCACUCACGCUUCGACCAAACAACACAGUCACAGUAGAAGGAGUGUUGGGGUCAUUCUUCCAAGAAAUGGCUUCACGGACAAAUUUUACGUACGCCUGCCGCCAGUCCCGCGACGGGCAGUGGGGCGUGUUGGUGGGCGGGGCAUGGACGGGCAUCAUUCGAGACAUCAUCGACGGGGAGGCGGACAUCGGCGUCGCUGCCUUGGACAUCACGCUGAAGAGGAGUGAAGUCAUAAGCUACCUGCACACUAUUUUGGCCGGAGAUUACCGAAUCUUCAUGAGAAAAACAAGCAGCAAUAACCACAUAUGGAGCGCCUACAGCAAGCCGUUCAGCGUCUCCGUCUGGCUGGCGGUGAUAACGCUGGUCGUGAGCUUCGUGGUCAUGAUUCGUCUGACAACUCAGUUCUCGCCCCUCCAGGAGCCGCUCUCCCUGUCAGAUUCAACCCUAGUGAUUUCUGGGUUCGUCUGCUGUCAAGGCACCAGCUUUCCCCUGUUGAGUAUUUCGUGUCGUACAGUAGCGCUGGUGUGGUUGGUGUUGCAAGUCAUUCUGGUGUCGUACUACACCAGCGACCUCGUGUCCAGUCUCGCCGCGGGGCCUCCUCCUCCCUCCCUGUCUACGCUACAUGACGUUCUUAAUACCCCGUCCUAUGACUUCGGUUUCGAGAAGGGAAGCGCCUUGCAUCAAGCGUCCCAACAAGACCAUAGGGAAACUUUCCUGGUGCUUACUGUGACAUUAGAACGUGAAUUUAUGAUCUUUUGUCAUAUUGCAGACUGGACAAAACAACUUGAAUCGAAAGACAUCCUGCUUCAGAAGAUAUGGAAGUCUAUCAAAGACGGCAACUACCAAUCCCUAGCGAACAGCAUGGAGGCGGGCAUGAAAAGGGUUUAUGAAGAACCCUAUCUCUUCAUAGAAUCGGAGAUUCCUCUGCGCUACAGCUAUGGUCAUGACUGUCGUUUGUUCAUGCUGCCCACGUCCUACUUUCCCGUUAAAAUAUCCUUUGCGCUGAAGAAGAACUCGCCCCUCGUCCCAGUCUUAAAUGGAGUGGCGCUGGACAUACUGUCUUCGGGGCUGCCGGUGAAGUGGUGGCAAGAUUGGCGCCGCGAAAUCCGAGGCUGCAGGACGACCCAGUUUGAACCCGUUGACUUGAAGGUUGUUGUAGGACCCUUCCUGAUACUCACCUUAGCUCUGGCGACGUCCUCCUUCUUCCUCGCCUUCGAAAUACUCACGGAGAGGAGAAAGAUACGCGGGAGAUGGCAUGGAACAAAGUGA